UCUCUCUCUCUCUCUCUCUUUGUUUUUCAAAAACCAGGGAGUCAAAUGCUUUAUGUUUGACAGUUGUGUGUGACAGCGGGACACGCGUUUCUACAACAGCUCUCUUUCCGUGCUUUGGAAACCCCACGUGUUUCUUGAUGGUUUAGGUAUAGAUGCCUUUUUUUGCUUUUCCAUUUCCAACACCUACCUGUUCCCAUUUUUGUCUGGUUGUUUGACAACCGCCACAGAGCAGAGUCGUCCAAGAAUGUCCGUCUCGCGAAACUCAACCAAUGGCUUUGAAGCCAUUGUUUCUACUCUUCAGAAUGCUGGGGAUGCUGAGAGCACCUUGAAUGUUCUGAAUAUCCUGGAUGAACUUCUGUCUGCAGGUACUGAUCGUCGUAUUCACUACAUGAUCAGUAAAGGUGGAAGCGAAGCCUUGCUGAGCGCACUGGUCAAAAAUGGCAGUAGAUCCAGUCCCGACUACACCAUUCUGUUGCCCUUACUAUACCUGGUGGCCAAAGUUGGACACAAAGACCGAGCUAUAGGUAAAAAAGCUGAGGAGGCUGGAGCUGUUCUGCUGACUCUAAACCUACUCCAAAACAACAUUCAACAUGCGCAGAGGACUGAAGCAUACCUCUUUGUCAUCCAAGUUUUUGCUGUAUCAGUUUCCACAUCAAAACUUAUCGGGUCAAACCAAGGGCUGGAUAUCAUCUACAACCUUAUCCCUCAUUAUACCACCAAGAAUAUGCAAACAAUUAAGGCAUCCAUUAAUGCAUUUGCUGCUCUGCUGUCCUCAAAGGAUAACAUCUGCUCAGCAGUGUCCAAAGGUUAUGUGUCUGGUCUCCUUCGGCUGUAUGAUGAAUGGUACAGGAAGGACACUACACACUCUGCCAUUGACGUCCUCCAGGCACUGCUGCGUUGCUUUUAUAAAAUUGCACGCAGUGCUCUAGGAAGAGAAACUUUCGUGUCCCAUGGAGGCAUACGGCUUCUUUAUCAUACAACUCAGACAUGCUUGUUGAAUCAAUGUCUGGAGUCGCUGGUACAGUCCUCUGUUCAGCUGAUGAGACAGUGCCUGCCUAAAACCCCUCUACCACUGACAUCAGAUCAAUCCGCAUACUCCUUCCCCUUGCCUAGAGGACAACAUGAGGUUCUUGAUAUGGUUGCAACUUCAGAUGACAGCAAUGGUGAGAUUGGUGAUGAUGAUAAGGUGGAGGAAGAUUACCAAGAGGCUCUGAGUAAAGACUAUGAUGAUGACUUGGAGACUGACUUGAACAAACUUUGUCUUCGCCCUGCGUCAGACAGACCCAAAGAGCUCCUACCACAAUACAGCCGUCUCUGUCCUGAACUCUCUCAUGACUUCCUGGAGGAGCUGGAUUUCAGUUCACAAGAGAGUUCAUCAUCAUCUUCAUCUGAUGACGAAACUGGACAUUGCAACCAUUUGCACCUCCACCCCUUCAGGGGGGAAAAACAAACUGCGGAGAUUCUCUCUCGGACAGAGAAAGGAACACCCGAUCAAACCAAAUCAGCUGCUUGCCCAUUAAAGGUAAAAGAUUUCUACAGUCAUACUGGUAUCCUCAACACCAAAUCUGAAGUUGGACACAAGACUGGAGAGACAAGGGGAGAAGCCAACUCAGGUCUGAAGAAUGAUGAGCAGGAUAAAAAUGAGGGAAUUGGAAACUCGUAUAACUCUCCCAUGAUAGGCAAUUUAAUCGACAUACAUGGUCUUGCCAUCCCUUACCAUGAACCCAGUAUGUAUCGUGCUGCAGCCAUCAAAACCAAAUCUGUCCCAGGGUUCAGCACCCUUGCUUUCCCUGAUUUUUGGGGUCAGGUCCCACCACGAGAAAAUGAACCCAUGGCUCCACGCACGCCCAACAUCCAGAGACAGAAAGUGCUUGAAGAUAUCCAACGUUUCUUGAAAACUGAUAUCAUCAACCAAGUGGUCUUUGAUUUGGAAGAUGACAGUUUACAGUUUCCAGCAGACAACCCAGACUCCUUGAGAUUCUUCUCCAGUUUUGAAUGUGGCAACCUCAGAAAGGCUAUUCAGGUUCGCAGAUAUGAAUAUGACCUAAUAUUGAAUGCAGACGCCAACUGUUCCCAGCACACUCAAUGGUUUUAUUUUGAAGUCAGUAACAUGGUGCCUGAUGUUCCCUACCGUUUCAACAUCAUCAACUGUGAGAAGAGCAACAGCCAGUUCAACUAUGGAAUGCAGCCAGUGCUUUACUCAGUCCGGGAUGCAAUUAAUGGUAGGCCCCAUUGGUGCAGGUCUGGUACAGAAAUUUGUUAUUUCAGAAACUACUUCUGUCCCGUGCGUGGCAGUCAGGGAACAACAUUUUAUACACUGACAUUCACCAUUACCUUCAAAUACAGUGAAGAUGUCUGUUACCUAGCAUACCAUUACCCUUACACAUACUCCGCUCUAAGGGCUCAUCUGCGUUUACUGCAUAGAUCAGUUGAUCCCAGGAAGGUCUUUUUCCGGGAGCAGAUUCUUUGUCCUACUCUUGCUGGAAACGCCUGCCCAUUUGUCACCAUCACUGCUUGUCCUCCCAGCAAGAGCUAUAAAGACAUUCAUCAGCUGCGUAACCGCCCCUGCAUUGUGCUGACAAGUCGUGUUCACCCCGGUGAAUCCAAUGCCAGCUGGGGAAUGAAAGGCACCCUCGAGUUUCUCUGCAGUCGUGAUCCAAUAGCCCAGGCAUUGAGAGAGACAUUUGUCUUCAAGAUCAUCCCGAUGCUAAACCCUGAUGGGGUCAUUAAUGGAAUGAAUCGCUGUGACCUGAACAGAGAGGAUUUGAAUCGUCAGUGGUGUAAACCAGACCCUGUUCUCUGUCCAACCAUCUACCAUACCAAAGGCUUCCUCUACUACCUCAACAGUAUUGGACGAACUCCCCUGGUCUUCUGUGACUAUCACGGGCAUUCUAGGAAAAAAAAUGUUUUUCUGUAUGGCUGCAGUGUCAAGGAAACUCUAUGGCAAUCAGGGUCUACAUUUGACACUGCAGGACUGAAAGAGGACCCUGGAUAUAGGACUCUUGCAAAGGCCUUGGAUCGUAUUGCACCAGCCUUCUCUUUUAACAGCUGCAGCUAUACGGUAGAGAAGUCCCGUUCUGCCACUGCCAGAAUUGUUGUCUGGAAAGAGUUGGGCGUGCUGAGAAGUUAUACCAUGGAAAGCACUUAUAAUGGUUUUGACCAGGGAAUAUACAAGGGUCUACAGACAAGAACCAGGGAACUGGAAGAAAUGGGAAUGAAAUUUUGCCACAGUCUGCUCUCCGUGACUAUCGAUACAAGGGCCCUGUACAGCAGGAGUCUUAUCAACCACAUGACUCUGGGACAUAACAUCCUUGAUCAUAAGUCACACAACUGUUUUGAAGAUGAUGAGCCCCCGUGUGUUGAAGAAAUUGAAUAUUCCACAUAUCCUGGUCUGAAAGGAAGUGAUUUGGAAUUGGAUCUAAGAGGAUGCAUGGCCAACACUGAUGCACAAGGUGGAGCUGAAGCACAUAUGGCCCAAAAAUGAAAUGCCAAGAUGGUGUCAAUCAUUCACAAUCUUUCACCUGAUAACACAGAUGUCUCUUGAAAUUCGAGAUGAAACCAAUGUGUGCCGCUCUUUGAAGUGUGUGAAAUGUGACCAUCACCAAGUGCACCCCAAUCUGAGCUAAGAUACAGUUUUAGAGCACUAUCAACUGUAUCUUAUCUUUCAUUACUCAGAUGAGUUUGCUCAGUUUUUAAAAUUGGAUCUGAUACUA